UGAUGUAUUUUAUUUUAAUAAUUGGGUAGGGUUGACCCAUGCUUUGUAUUAUUGUAAAGACUUCACGUAUCCCACUAGCAUCUUUAUUAUCCCUAUAUAUGUAGCAUCAUCACCAAUAUCAUCUUCCUUAGACUAUUUCUUAGCUUCCCUCUAAAAAAUCAAAAUAAAAUGGCCAUUUCUCUCUCAAAUAUGCAAGCUCUCCCCUUCAACACAAACCAUAAUCUUUCCCUUAGAUCCGAAAAUCCAUUUCCUAUAACAUUUACAACGCGAAAUCACCUUUUUGAAAAUUCGAAGGUGGGAGCUCUUACCAUUAAACCGACCUCAUCAGAAGUACAAGUUUUAUCAAGUGAUGCAUUGACAUCAUCUAGAGUGAUUGAAGAGCCUUGGAGAGAAACAGGAGUAGAGUAUGGAUGGAAUGAGUAUGGGCCUACAAUGAAGGAAAGGGCCGAAAAUGAGUUAGUGGAUCGUUGGAAGGAGAUCCAUGGGGAGGAUGAUUGGGUUGGGCUACUUGAUCCAAUGGAUUCUCUAUUACGGGCCGAGCUUAUCCGAUAUGGUGAGAUGGCCCAAGCCUGCUAUGAUGGCUUUGAUUUUGAUCCAUUCUCAAAGUAUUGUGGAAGUUGUAGGUAUCCAAGACACUUGUUCUUCAAGGGUCUUGAAAUGGAAGAUUAUGGGUAUGAUGUAACAAGAUACUUGUAUGCUACAUCCAAUAUUAACCUACCAAACUUAUUUAGGCACUCAAGAUGGCCCAAGGUUUGGUCCAAGAACGCUAAUUGGAUCGGGUAUAUCGCGGUAUCCAACGAUGAGAUGUCCAAGAAAUUGGGCCGUAGGGAUAUCAGUAUUAAUUGGAGGGGCACCGUGACCCGGCGUGAGUGGGUCCAUGAUCUAAUGGACUUCCUUAGGCCAGUCUCCGACGAGAAGAUCCCAUGUCUAGACCAUAAUGUCAAGGCCGAGUCCGGGUUCUUGGACCUAUACACUGAUAAGGUCCCGGAUUGCAAGUAUUGCAAGUUCUCGGCCCGUGAACAAAUAUUAACCGAGGUGAAACGUCUAUUAGAGUUGUACCACAAUGAAGAAGUGAGUAUAACAAUAACAGGUCAUAGCUUAGGGAGUGCCCUAGCUAUUUUGAGUGCAUACGACAUAGCCGAGACAGGCAUCCACAUUGGAUCAAACAACCAGGCUAGACCCAUAUCCGUGUUCUCAUUCUCGGGUCCACGUGUCGGGAACCUGAGGUUUAAGCAGAGGUUGGAGGGGCUAGGGGUGAAAGUACUUAGGGUGGUGAACGUGCAUGAUAUGGUUCCUAAGGCACCAGGAUUAGUAAUCAAUGAAAGUUUACAUCCGGAGUGUUUAAAAUUUGCGCAAUGGUCACCUUGGAGUUAUUGUCAUGUAGGGGUUGAGCUUGCUUUGAAUCACAAGAAUUCUCUAUUUCUUAAGGACACCAACGACCCAGCUUGUGCCCACAAUUUGGAGGCCCACUUACAUCUACUUGACGGGUAUCAUGGAAAAGGGAAAAGAUUCCAUCUAACAAUGGGAAGAGACAUAGCAUUAGUGAAUAAAUCAUGUGAUUUUUUGAAGGAUCACUAUCAGAUCCCUCCUUGCUGGAGACAGGAUCAAAAUCGAGGGAUGGUUAGGAGUAAGGAUGGCCGUUGGAUCCAGGAAGAGCGUCCAGUUCUAGACGAUCAUCCUGAUUAUACUCAUCAUCACCUUAGACAGCUCGGACUUUCACACUAAUAUUCUUCCUAUAACCUUGAUUUGGGAUCGAAUCUUGUCUACAUCACAAACCCUAUAACACUUCAUAGACCCCUUCCAAAAGAUACUCUCGUGUACUAGGUGUGCAUAAGCCAAAGCUCCAUUUCCACAUUGUAAAUCUCAAAAUCAUUAUAUCUCUAUUUGUAAACCAAGUACAAAGUGUGUACAAUAUAUAAUGUUUGUAGUUGUAGUUAGUUUAUACUUGUAAUAUGGAGUACUACGUAUUGGUCAUAA